CUUUCGGAACGUCUUCCAGGAGAAGCUGCGGCCCAGACGAUUUGGCAGAAACAUCAAACAAGUCGAUUCUGAAUGACACAAAGUCAAGCGGAGUUGUAUAUAUUCGCCCGUAACGAGGAAAUAGUCGCUCAUAAACGCUCGGAGGCUGGCUUUAAGAGAAAAUCAGGGUGGAUUUGAGAACGCAAGAUCGCGAGGGCCUAUUAAAUAUGUCCGCUUCCUCGCAGGCAUCUUCCAGGCGGCAAUGGUGCUACCUUUGCGACUUGCCUAAGAUGCCGUGGGCCAUGAUCUGGGACUUCAGCGAGGCGGUGUGCAGAGGGUGCGUGAACUACGAGGGAGCGGACAGAAUAGAGCUGCUCAUUGACGCAGCGCGACAGCUGAAGCGAACACAUGUUAUGCAGGACGGCAGAUCUCCGGGUCCACAGCCUGGUGGCAAACACGGUGGUAAGGAGGGUCCAAUGGAGUCCGGCAGACCGCCCUCCGAGCGAUAUGAGAGGGGAAGAGGAGAGUAUAUGUCUGCCCGGCUGCCAAAUGGCCUGCCUAGACUGGAAGAUGGUGGUCCACCUGAGGUUAGUAGGCAAAGUCCUAAUGCCAGAAGGGCUUUGGUAGGGCCUGUGCCACCUAAUUUAAUGGCACAGGGGCUCGUUGGAGCCCCUCAUGGCCUGCUGACGGCAAUGCCCGGCCUAAACACCAGAGCCGGUAGUGGUCCUUUGACCAUUUCUGCUCCAAUGUUGAAUGAGAUCAGUAAAAGACAGGCCAUGAGCAUGGGGAUGAGUGUGGGUGUGGCAUCUUUCAUGAGCCCUGAGUUUGAAAAGGAGAUGAAAGAGAAGCAGAGGAACACAGAAGUCCUCACCGAGCUCUCUGAAAGCGUGAGGAACCGUGCAGACGACUGGGUGGGACGCCCCAAAGCUGUGCGUGAAGCCUUGCACACCCUUUCUGGUUGCACCCCAUUUAAUGUUCGCUUUAAGAAGGACCACGGCCUGGUGGGAAGAGUUUUUGCCUUCGAUGCCAAGCUGGUGGUUGAGUUUGAGCUGAAAGUAUUUGUAGAAUACCCCUGUGGAUCUGGCAACGUGUUCUCCAGUGUAUUAGCUUUAGUCAAGCAGAUGUUCCAUGACUCUCAGAAAGAUACCGGCAAGGUCAUUAACUCAGGCUACAAAUAUGUGGAGUAUGAGAAAAGACACGGCACCGGUGACUGGCGUCUCCUCUCUGAGCUUCUCAGCGAUGCAGUGCGAGUGUUCAAAGACGCACCCACCCCUGAAUCCCUCCCACAGCCUUACCUGGAUGCCAGCUACUCCAUGCUGCCCACCGCUUUCUGUAAUAUAGGCCGUCCCACACAGUCCAGAGGACGCAGACGUAAAGCCUCACCCGAGCCGGACGGCGCAGAGAGGAUGACCUCAGAGGAAAUGCGCCAGCACUGGCAGCUAGGUGCAUAUCAUGGCAUCCCUGGUCACAUGCCAGCCACCUCACUAACUAUUGCUGGUCAGCCUCCAGUUCUCCAGGAGGGGAUGGGGGCCCACAGUAGUGACCCCUCACCGAUCAUAGCACUCAUGGGUGUGGCAGACAAUGUUGGCACAGCCACCCAGUCCCUGAAAGAUGGCCCUGGCAGCAGUGGUGCUCACGCUGCCAACGUAGGGCGUCAGAACAGCACCAGUCCUUCACCCUCCGGUCCGCGACGCCUGGCGUCACGCAAUGGAGAACCCUCAGCUGGAAGCAGCGCAGGAGGGCCAGCCACAACUGUCACCAUGCCCCUCGCUGGCGGGGGUGACCAGGGGGCCGUUACUGGAGGUGAAGCCUCAGGAGGUGCCGGUGGAGGUGGCGCACCGCUGUGCUGUACUAUCUGCCAUGAGCGCCUGGAAGACACGCACUUCGUCCAGUGUCCAUCAGUCCCCGGGCACAAAUUUUGUUUCCCUUGCACCCGGGACUUCAUCCGCAGACAGGGCUCGGGGAGUGAGGUUUACUGCCCCAGUGGGGAGAAGUGCCCUCUUGUGGGCUCUAAUGUACCCUGGGCCUUCAUGCAAGGAGAGAUCUCCACCAUCCUGGCUGGAGAUGUGAAGGUGAAGAAGGAGAGAGACCCCUAACAGCUUUCAGCAGAACUAAAACCUCAUUCAGAGGGAGCUGUAAUCCUGAGCCCUAAAGAUGACCGCCGUGACCACAUGGCCCACAGCACUGAAGAGACGACUGCCGGUUGGCAGGUCCUCUUCCUCCAUCUAUCCAGGCACCUUUCCCCUUAUUCCCUCUUUUCUUCCUUCACCUUCCCUCCUUUGACCGAGACAAAGGAGAAUGCAGCAAUUUUUCUCUUUAGAGAUGCCAUGUAGUUAAACCCUCCUGCACUUACUUCGGUCACUCAGAUUUGUUGCCCCAUUUAGCGCGUUCUACAGCGCUUUAAGAAUGUCCAGUCCUGAAAGCAGGUUCAAGUUCCCUGUUGUAUUUACUCUGAGGGAUAUUGAAAAACACAUUUCAAAGAUACAAUGGAGUGAACAAUGAUUUCCCAGAAUGAUACCACCAGACAGAUGCAGAUUGUACAAAGGAGGCCUUCUUUGGGAAGGCUUCCUUCACAAUCACAAAAACUGUACCGACUAUGACCUAUACAGGCUCACUCUUGUUUUACUGUUGUCUAUGCUGCAUUAAACGGUUAAAUAGUCCAGGAAUAUUACUAAGUGCUAAAAGUCCUUCCUUACAAUCGCUUCUCGAUCCAGCAUGUACAAUAAAUAUCUGUAUGUUUUUACUCUUGUGUAGAUUGUACAAAACUCUCCCUUUAAAUGGUAAUAGAUGUGCAAUCUCUAGAUUUGAUACCGUACUGCUUUAUGUACCACUAAGUCUUUGAAUGAAUAGAAAACCAAAGAUAGACAUGCUGAGAUCUUGUUGUAUCAUAUUAUGCUAUAACAUAUAUAUUUUUGUGGUAAGAAAAUGUUUUGUGGCUUUCAUCAAAUAAAAAUGACAGAUAUGGGGAAUGUUUUACAUUGGGAACUUCUAUUUAAACAUCUGUGGGUGGACACAAAAUAGAUUUUUUUAUUACAAGUAAGCAGAUCACUAUAUUUUGUAUUGUAACCCAUUGGCUUUUAAAUUCUUGCAGGCGAAGACUAGUUUAAUGUUAUGAGAACAGAGCUAUUUGGUUUUUACAAGUAUAUGGUCCAGAAUUUUUCCCAUCUCUUUGUGUGAAAGAUGUAAUUUACACUUUAAAAGGAGAAUCCUGCAUCUAUUAGAAAUGCAGUCCUGAUGUACAGUGGCCCCAGAAAAUUAUUUAGACAAUUAAGCCACACUUAAAAAAUGUUGAACUUAAUUGCAUAAAAAUUAUAAUGCAAAUAACAAAACCCAUGGAUUCUGCGUACAAAUGAUGCUAAACCUUUUAACGUUUGGCUUAAGUUUCCAAAUUGCUUUGAGGCUACUGUAGGUAGGGUUCCCUAUAUUGUUUUGACAUGUUUUCAGCCUUGUUUACGAUGUUGAAAAAUAUAUUUGACUAAGAAUAUAAAUGCACAACGUACUGUUCCAUAAGACCUUGUUUAAUCGGCUUUACGUUACAGCUCAAAUUGUAUUUAAAUUAAAACAUUGACUUUUCACAAACUUCAAGAAACCACUGCUGUUUUUUUAGCUGUUCACUAAUUCUAUGGAUUAUUGUGACUGAUUCUAUGAAUUCAAACAAUGUUUGCUAACAUGCUAAACUUAGAUCCUGCUGAUGUUAACUGGUUUGUUGGUUGGUUAGUAUUUUUAAAGGAAUGUUCCAGGUUCAACAAGUUAAGCUGAACCAAACAGCAUUUAUGGCAUAAUACUAAUUACGACAGAAAUUAAUUUUGAAAUCCCUCCUUUUAAAAAACAAAUAAGCACAAAUUGAGAUUCGAGUGAGGCACCCAGAAUGGCCAAUUUGUACAGGGUUUAAAUGUUAAAUUUUAUAAAAAGCACAUGAAUUCUUCUGUUAAAACUUGUAUUAUUUGAGCUUAAAUAAUACUUGUUUAAAUUUGUCAUUUUUACUGGCAUUUUUGUAUUUUAGGGUUUAUAUUGUUGUGUCGUUAUGGCAACAAAGUUGAAAAAUUGGAUAUAACAUUACAAAGGUUAGUAAAUGAAUGUAUCACACAUGCAUAAUAUUUAAGUCCUGUGGCUAUACUUUUGAAACUUGAGUAUUUUAAUGUUUACGGAUUGGCCCCAUUCACUUCCAUUGUAAAUCCCUCACUGUAACCCAGAUUUUUGCUUUUUUUAAAGAAAAGGAGGUAUGAGUUGAAAUUAAUUUAGUGGUUAUUAGCAUUAUGACACACAUGCUGUCAGUUGAGCUUAACUUGUAUUGAACCUGGAAUUUUCCUUUAAGGCUAAGAUUGAAGUGUUUUAGCUGUUUUGAAUUAAUCAGUUAUAUAAAUAUCAUAAAUUACAUGUAUUUAAUUUAUAAUGUUGCAUAAUUUAUAAAUAAUGCAUCAUUUGCCAAUGAUUUUAAGUUGUUUGUAAAAAAAAAAAAACAAA